GUGCAAUCUAAAAUGGCCUGGUUUGCACGUUUCUCUGAAUCGGCGCAAUGUUUGUUUCGCAAAUGAAUGAGUACCCGCACAUCCAUAUUGACAUUUACAUGCGCUCACACAACGCUUUUUAGCUGUAGAUAGGUGUGAUUCUGUCUUACUAACUCGGGUCUCGAAGAUUGUGAGCAGAAAGGCCAAUUACACCAUGAUUGUCAUUUGCGGAUUUUUUUUCUUUGUCGAAACGGGACCACGUUAUGUCCGCAACGCCGCAACUGCAGCAGCGACAAAAGAGCGCUAAUGGAGGAGGGAGUAAAGACUGAGAACGAUCACAUCAACCUCAAGGUUGCAGGGCAAGAUGGGUCGGUGGUCCAGUUCAAAAUCAAAAGACACACACCCCUCAGCAAACUAAUGAAGGCAUACUGUGAACGACAGGGUCUUGCAAUAAGGCAGAUCAGGUUCAGGUUUGAUGGACAGCCUAUCAAUGAGACGGAUACACCUGCACAGCUGGAGAUGGAAGAUGAAGACACCAUAGAUGUAUUCCAGCAGCAGACAGGCGGGCACUGCUAAGCCCUCCCCACCUCAUUGACGGCCACCCUCAGACCACGCCCUCAGCCACCGUCACUGCCCCCCCCCCCCAGCGCUCCUCUCAGCUUAUUAUUAUUAUUAUUAUUAUUAUUAUUAUUAUAAUUAUUAUUUUUUUCCUUCAGUUUAAAGAUGUCUGUCAUGGUUUUUUGUCAGGUGGGGAGGGGUCUCAGCUGUUUAUGUACUGUCUCAGCCAGGACUGAACUUUUGUGUGUGUCAACAGUCUCUCUGCUGGCUAAUCAGAAAAACAUUUCCUUCUGGCACCGCAGGCUUGUGAUUGGACCAACAGCGCGUCACUGCUGUUCCUGGUUUGUCAGUGCUUCUCAUUCACUCUCCAGUGAAAGCGUAGUACUCUGUAGUUUGUCGCAGUUUUCAUCCAUCAGGGGUCAAAUGUGAGGCUCUGCAAGUUUUUGUCCAGGGGUCACAGUCAGUGGGCAUGAAACUGUUUUGAAGUGGAAGCACUAUCUGAACUUAAUACACACCCGCCUUCCAUUUCACUUCGCUUUCUUGUAUGUUUUUUUUUUUUUUUUUUUUUGUCUGAAUGGUGACUCCUGCUCUUCUGUCAAAAAGGUAUUUUAAUUAUCUCUGCAUUUUAGGUGCUUUUGCUAAAGAGCUCUGCAAUGUUUUUGUAUUUUUUUGAUUUUUCUUUUUAAGAAUUAACACCCAGGGGGCAUGUUGAUUUUUCUGUACAGAAGUAUCAGAGUGGAUGUUUAGAUAAAUGUUGUGGGACUUGGGCCAAUACUCCGAAGAUCGAAUUUCUGUUUCAUAUUUAAUGUACUUGGAUCACUAAAAGCAACUGCAAGGUCAAAACUGUCAAAUUUUAAGGGAGUUUGUUUUUCGUUAAUGUUAUUUGUUUAUUUUUUGACUUCUACUAAUUGAGAGAGGUUCUCUGUGGGUAUCCGUGGUACAGACUAUUAUUCACUCAUCCAGACAAAUGCCUGUUAGGGGAGGCAAAUGUAAUUUACACCAUUGAGGUGCAUCCUUUAUUGAAGUUGGUUGGGGUCUGACUGUAAGGAUAGUCUCUCAACGUGGGAUACAUAACUCCUUUGCUUUCCCUGUUUUCUGAUUAAGCGGGCCAGUGGCCAGUCCCUAUGGUAUUCUUACAAACGGCUCUGCUUGUAGAUUUUACAAUUGUGGGGUGGGGGUGCUUGAAGGUCGUUUCUCAGCAUUGUAUGGGGGUCAGGUGUCUCAUCUUUGUAUUGUCCUUGCGAAUGUAGGCUGACGGGACAACUGAUUCUAGAUGUGUUUUGAAGAGGAGCAGCCUCCAGUUUGAGCAAGGAUAUUCAACAAAAGUCAGUAUCUUUUUUUGUUAACACAUUUUGAAGACACUUUUCACUGCUAUAUCAACUGUCGAGCUGUUCGUGUGUGUGUGUGUAUAAAAGUCAGAAGUUGCAGGCAAUUUGUUCAAAAACCCAACUGCCGUGUUGCGAGCAGUGAAGAUAUCUCAAGUGGUGAUGAGUGUCUCCAAUAUUUUACAGUUUCGGAGAGGGAUGCAUGCAGUUUGUUGCAUAUGAGGAGGGCAGGGAGGCCAACCAUGGAGUUUGGGAGCUAAGUGUUCUGUACCCACAGGGCCCUGUUCUUCGUAUGCGGAUAACUGAUUUGGCUUGACUUGAUUGUUGAUUAAAAUGUAUCUGUUGCUGAAGUAAAGUAGUCCAUGCGCUCAAAACCUGCUAAAGUGCGAGCUUAUUCAGAGUGAGUUGCAUCACAACAGCCCUUUUUUUAAGUUUACCAAUUUUUAUUUAUUUUCAGAUAAGGCUGCACCUUUCUUUAGAGGCACCAAUCGAUCAGUAUUGUCACAACUGAACAGAGUUUGAGUUAAGUAGUCAUACACACUAAAGUACAAGUAAAAAUCAAAAUUUUGUUUGUCAUAGUAUGAAUCACUGUUAUUUAGACAUUUGCAAUACAGAUUCAAUUCUUGCAUUAUGUGGUAUUUAAAGAGAUGCAAUAUGGGUUGCAGUUGUAAUUGGCCUCAUGAAUUUCACGUGCUUUAGUCUCAUUUAAGAUAAGUCAUGUUUAAGAAAUGUAGUUUUUCUCAACCACAUUAGAAAGCUGCUGUUCUUUUUAAAUAGUAAUUCAAUUGUAGUCUGUAUCAUGUUUGUCAGCUGUAUUUUUGUAUCAUUCUAUAUAAUAAAAACUGUCAAUUCCACAUUUCUGAAUGAAUAUAUGACAGAAGUUCAAAAAAAGGUUCACUGUACUGCCACCUGCUGUGUGAAAUAUUCACUAAUUUCCACUUUGGCCCCUCUGAAUAUAAAACAAGUUUUUGUCAGAGGACUACCCAACUUUCAUUUUCCCCACAUUCAUUAACAACAAGCAUUUGACAAAAUUGUGUUGUACAGAGACAUGCUAAAUCUGUGAUUACUCUUGAAGACGUGCCUCUGCACAAGCCAAUCACAACUAGGAAUCAUGGUUUCAGCUUCCCUUUCUCACAAAAUAAGAGCACAGUUAUCAAGACCAACAAAUCAACCUUCCACUUGCAUUUGAAGAACUGAGUUAGCUGGACAAAGAUCUUUGAGCUGGCUGACAUACGAGCUAAACGAUGCAAUGUACGAAGAACGGGGCCCAGGUCUUGUCAUGUUAUUGGUUUCUCUACUGAUUUGUACAUUAUUUGUGGUCUUUUACUACUGUAUACAAUAAAUAUAGUUUGGUACUCAGA